AUGAUUACAGGUCUUCCUGUCGAAGACGUCAUCAUCGAGGCGUAUGGCCCUGUCUUUAAUGGCCCCGGUGCCGAGAAACGUGAUAUUCCUUUCGUUUUGCGAAAACUUGAAGGUUCACAACAGGAUGCAAUUGAACGUGCGAAAAAGUAUGCCAUGGAACAAAAUGUUAAAAUAGUUCUUCUUAAACAAACUCAGCAAUCUCAAAGCCUGCAGAUGAAUGCGGCACGCAGAAAUCAGACUCUUGCUUUGCUUAAUCGGAUUUAUAUUGGCUCAAUCGCCUACGAUAUCAAAGAAGAGAUGAUCAAACAAGCAUUUCUCCCAUUUGGUCCUGUAAAAAAUGUCAGUAUGAGUUGGGAUCCAGUCACGCAGAAGCACAAGGGCUUUGCAUUCGUUGAAUUUGAGUAUCCUGAAGCAGCUCAGUUGGCGAUUGAGCAGAUGAAUGGUUCAAACUUUGGUGGUCGUCUUCUUAAAGUUGGUCGGCCUAGCAACCUUCCUGACGCAGCGCCAUUUAUGGCAGAACUAAUCCAUGAUUAUAAACUUCAGAGUCGCAUAUAUGUCUCUGGUGUGCACUUAGAUCUUUCAGAUUCUGAUAUCGCGUUGGUUUUUGAGGCCUUUGGAAAGAUUACCAUGUGUCGUUUGGCACCUGACCCACAUCGCCCUGGCUUUCAUCGAGGUUUUGGCUAUGUUGAAUUUGAGUCGGAACAAGCUGCAACGGCUGCGGUCAUGAGCAUGAACAGAUUUGACUUGGGUGGCCAGCUACUGAGGGUCACAAAGGCCAUCUCACCACCUGAUGGAAUCAAUACAAACCCCGUGAUUAGUCAACUCCCCGCAGCGACAGCUGUUGCUGCUGCUUCUGUCACUGCGAAGCUGCUUUCUAUGGAUGUAGAACAGCUUCCUGAUGCCCGACCACCCACAGAAGUAGCCGCCACCACUACCAUCUCCGGCGCUUCUAGAAGUUCUCGCGACCGUCUAAGGUCACGGUCAAGGUCUCCUCGGUCCUCCCGUCACUUACGACACUCCCGUCGUCGACGUCGCUCCUCGUCUUCGGCAACCACCUCCUCCUCCCGCCAUCGACGACAGCGGCGACGUUCACACGAGUCGCGAUCGAGGCACACACGCAGGCCUUCACCUCUCGCUUCCGCGUCUGCAGAGAAGUCGAAGCAGGAAGAGUCGUCGUUAGAUGAGGAGAAAGUAAAGGACGGGACAAUGAGGGAGGGAGAGUUUGAGUUGAAGGUAGGAUCAGAUGAAGCGAAGAGUCAAUCACUGACAGUGCCAAAUAACAGUAAUUGGUCAUGCGUGUCGUUGGAGGAGGAGCAGGCAACCUCCUUCGUGCGAUCAAAUGACAGUCGGCUCUAUAACAUCGCCUCGCCCUCCACUAUUCCUCUUCCACCAUCCAACUGA